AUGCAACGGUUGUCUGUGCUGGAUUCGACGACACGGAAGGAGGACGCUUCGAGGAUUCUGAGUAAAAAAGACGAUGUGAACCUGUUAAGUAUACACACAACUUCAUUCGAAAAGAAACUCAUCUGCACAAUUGCAGAGCAAACUAUUCUUCGAAAAACAACUUUUCUUCCAGAAAAUAUUGCACAAAAAGAGAUGGACAUUUCGGGGCCUACUGGUGGUGGCUGUGAUCGUCACGCCAUUCGUCCACGAAGAGUAGGAGAGCCCUCUGAGCCGGAUCGUGUAGGUGGUACAGGGGGCCAGUCCGGCCAGUUCGUAGGCCAGGGUGUUGAAAUCGGGUACCAGAGCCGAAGUGCUCUCCACGCCCGAGGUUGA